AUGCGAAGCUUAUUCGGAGCUACCCAAACUCUGAGCAAAUCGUCCGCUUUCUUCUUCCUCAGCUCAAAUUCGAAGCUCUCUCUGUGCAAAGCCUCCAAAGCCCCUCUCCUUCUCCGAACAUUUGCGAUCAUGGCCAGCGCCGAUGAGUUCGUCAAGGGUAGCGUUCACCCAAACGGCGUCGCUGUCAUCACGCUCGAUCGCCCCAGAGCUCUCAACGCCAUGAACAUAGAUAUGGAUGUUAAAUACAAAAGCCAUCUGGAUGAAUGGGAAUCAGACCCAAAUGUGAAGUGCGUUUUGGUUGAUAGCAGCUCAGCUCGUGCGUUUUGUGCGGGAAUGGAUAUUAAAGGGGUUGUUGCUGAAAUCCAAAAGGACAAAAACACACCUCUUGUGCCGAAGGUAUUCACUGCUGAGUAUUCUCUGAUAUGCAAAAUCUCUGAGUACAAGAAGCCCUAUGUAAGUUUCAUGGACGGCAUUACAAUGGGAUUUGGAGUUGGCCUAUCAGGUCAUGGUCGCUACCGGAUCAUUACAGAGAGGACUCUUGUUGCUAUGCCAGAAAAUGGAAUUGGUUUGUUCCCAGAUGUUGGGUUUUCACAUAUAGCGGCUAAGAGUCCAGGAGGAGGAUCUGUUGGUGCUUAUCUUGGACUGACUGGGAAAAGGAUUUCAACACCAUCAGAUGCACUAUAUGUAGGCCUCGGGACACAUUUUGUGCCAUCUCAAAACUUAGGUUUACUAAAGGAGGCCCUUUUGUCAACCAACUUUUCCCAAGAUCCACAUCAGGAUAUUGAAACCACUUUGGGGAAAUUCAGCAGCAACCCUGAUUCUGAAGCCCAAUUAAGGUUGCUUUUGCCUCAAAUAACUUCAGCAUUUGGUGCAAAUAAGUCAGUUCUUGAGACAAUUGAUGAACUUAAAAAGCAUCAACAGAGUUCAGAUGCUACUGUGGUGGAGUGGGCUAAUGAAGCUCUUCAAGGUCUUGGAAAGGGUGCUCCCUUUUCACUUUACUUGACACAAAAGUAUUUCUCCAGAGUUGCAUCUGCACUGGGGAAAAAUGACAAUCAAUUAUCCACAUUAAGUGGUGUGAUGAAAACUGAAUAUCGCAUCGCCUUAAGAUCGUCUUUGCGGAAUGACUUUGCCGAAGGUGUGCGGGCUGUUUUGGUGGACAAGGACCAGAAUCCGAAGUGGAACCCGUCAAAGUUAGAGGAGGUUAAUGAGAGUGAAGUGGAAGCUCUGUUCGAACCAUUGAGCCCAAACGUUGGGGAGUUGAGUGUGUGA